AUGGAGAGCAAGGAACAAACCAUGACUUUUUACAUUCCCAAGGUCGACAACAUAAAGGGGGACCUGAAAUACCAACGACCUACCCUUCCUACCAACAAUCAGUCAAUGUCAGCCCAGAAGCAGCAGCAGCAUGUGAAUGAGGCUUACACCUACAUCUGUGGCAGCCUCUCUGGCUUUAGCCUCUUGCUGUUGAUUUGCACUUCCCCACUGAACUGGGGGCAGUUGGUGACCAGCAAUGACUUUGAGUUCAAAGCAGGCCUCUGGACCUUAUGCAACCAUGAGCUGUGCUGGAGACACAGACCCAAGCCACCUUGUUAUCUCCAGUGCCCCAGGGCCUUGUUCUUCAUCUCUACCCUCUGCAUGCUUGAUGGCCUUGGCUUGCUCUUGAGCUCUUGCCGCCCUUAAAGAGAACGGUAUCCCCUGAGUCGGCUCUGAAGGAUUGUGAUAUCAUUCCUUUUGGUCCCAGCUGUCAGCUUGCUCCUCUGCCUCAACCUGUUUCUGGCGCAGGUUAAAUGGUACACAACGAGUACCAUGGAGUCUGAGUUCCUGUGGACCUAUUAUCUUAAUUGGUGCAGUGACGUCUUAUAUAUCUGUGUUGGGAUCAUCUCUUUUCUCAACUACAUAACCUUCCAAUCUCAUCCUCCUGAUGGGAGUGCCAGCACGGAUCUAUGGCAGAAGUCCAGGCUGGGCACUGGGCCGGUGCCAAAAACACUGUCUGCUACAGCUGAAAUGUCACAUGCUGAGAUGCAGUUUCUAAGUGGGAGACAGGAAAAACUACGGAAUGUGAGAAAGGGAAAACUAGAGACCACAAGACUGUGAUAGGAUGUCUGGAGGCUAAAUCCUGCCGUCUUAAAAAAGGGGGGGGGUGAGGUCAGAGAGAAGUGAAACUUGGAUGAAACCUUCUGAUAUCAUGUCUGUCGUAGCAUGAAAGCUAAGGAAAUGUCUUUUAUAUGCACUGAAUCAAAAAUAUGUAAGACAAUUAUAGAGAAAGGAAUGGAAGUCUGGAAAAGGGCUCAGCAGUUAGCAUGCUGCCAGACAUCAUGGGAUUCAGAGUUGGAAUCCCAGCUCCCACAUAACAAGCCUCCUCAAAGAUUAGGUGGAGAUGAGGCAUUCUCUUCUGGAGAGUGUGCACACAGAAAUACAUCUUAAAAAUAAAAGAGGAGGUAGUGAAAAUUCAGAGAAACAUA